UUAACAUAUAACAUUGCAACGCUUUUGGAUACAGUAACCAUCGUUAAUCCCAAAACUAAAACAGAAUCGCCCCAAUUAAUUCAUACAGUACUUGUAAAUGUGAAGCUGAAAUGCAACGCCUGUGUAUAACUGCUCUAUGCAGACUAUCUUUUUGAGUAAACUGACAACUACUGAACAUGUUUACAGCUUUAGCCUGAGUCAGGCACUCUUGUUUGCACACGUUUCAUAAACGGAAACAGCAAAUUCUUGAGUACGGAGAACUAAACUAUUGUUUCUAGUUGUACAAUAAAAUGGCAGAAGCCGGUAUUUCAUCCUGUGAUCUUGAGGUGUUGGCCUGUCCAAUCUGUCUGGAUGUUUUGAAGGAUCCAGUUACUCUUAACUGUGGACACAGUUACUGUAUGAGCUGUAUUGCAGCCUACUUUGAUCAGGAUGAUCAGAAGAGAGUCUACAGCUGCCCUCUGUGCAGACAGACCUUCAGUCCAAGACCUGUUUCAGGUAAAAACAUCAUGAUGGCUGAUGGGGUGGCGAAUCUGAAGAGGAUUGAACAACAUGCGACUGUGAAACAGUGUUCAGAGGAUGCAGAAGUCUUUACACCUGAAUAUAUUGAGAUGGACCGCGAGGGCAAAAGAACAAACACAUACAGGUUUGUUUCUCCACAUGCUGGUCAGUUUCAGUGCAGUUUGACCAACCUUGUGUUUGUGAUGGAGGAUAAAGGAGAGAUCCUGUAUAAAAUCAUGCCCUGGGAUCCACGACUCUUGUGUGGUUUGGGUCAGAUGCAGCCUGCAGGGCCCUUGUACAACAUUGAAUGUUUUGAAGGUUCAAUCUCACAAAUGCACCUUCCACACUGUGAAAUUCUCACUGAGGAAAACAAGGACAGUUUGGCUGUAACACACUUCACUUGUGAUAAUGUGGAAAUGUUGCAGGCACUUAAAGUGACCAGCACACAUGUGAUCAUUGGUAUCAAAGAGCUCUCCCUUUUUGGGCUCAUAAAAACAAUCAUAUUCCCUGACUAUUCUGUUCAGUCCCAAGUGUUGCUGUUUCUCCGACCAACAUCUAUUAGACAGAGAGAGAAAAUACUGGAUGUCCAUUUGCUUCCAUUGACCAUUCCUGUGUCAGAGGUCCAGAGCCAACACAAAGAAAAUACAUACUUUAAAACCACUUCCACCUGUAACCUAGUUCACGGGAGAGAAUAUACCCUAUGUUGUCAACCAGAGGGAUUUGAAGUGCAGCCACAGGGCCACGUAUUUGAGUGCAAUUUUGGUUCAAACUAUCAUCCUACAUUUGAAGUGUUUAUGGAUGUUGAGACCGAGGAGUUCAAAUUGGGCGUUAUGGAUAUAUUUGAAGAAAAGGAAGUGUGGAGAACACGUCGAAUAAUUCUUAGAGCACCAAGUUCUAAUACAGACACUGCCGAUCUUAGAAUGAUCACAGAAUUUGUAGACAAUCACAGGCAAGAACUAAUUGCAAGAGUGACUUCAGUGAUGCCAGUAGCUGAUGGUCUGAGAGGCAAACACAUGAUGCCUCCUGAAAUGUACAGUGGCAUUGAUAAUGCAAGAUCACGGCAGACAAAAAUGAGGCUCUUGUUCGACGUUCUUGAUUCAGGAGGACCUGCUGUAAAAGCAGAAUUCUACAGACUAAUAAAGGACACAGAACCCUGCUUAGUGCGGGACCUGGAGUCUGGAUGUUGACUACAGGUCUCAUUCCUGCUUCUGACAGUUAAGAGAUGUGGGGUCUUCAUGCCAUAAACAUGUGUUAAUUGCUCCUAUCUUGCAGUGACUAUCCAAAAGUAUCAAUGAAAUGCACUACCACUAAGUUUUGUACAAUUGAGUGGACAGAAGCAGAUGGACAUGAUUUACAAGUGCACAGCCAGGGACUCCAGAGACAAAACUGUUAUUAGUAAACCAGUUUUUCAUUUGAAUGUUACUUAUAGCGAUGAUGACUCCUUUGAAGCAUAGUUUAUGGUGCUAAUGGCACAGUGUUGCCAUGUUCGUUAUUAAUAAGUGCUUUUGUGCUUGUUGUUUGGUCUGAGAUAAAAAGGCCUUAGGUCUUAAUAAAUGGUCAGCUGCAGAUUUUAAGAUUUUUGAGAAGGCAAACCUAGCAAAACCAAUGGUUUAAUAGUAAAAGGAUAAAUGGUAAGAUUUCAGGGCUGCAAACUACGUAUCUUUUGCAAAUUCUGCUGUUUUAAAUUAAUACUUAAGUGGUUUGUCACAUAAUGUAAGACUUAAGGGCCCAGUUUCAUAGACAAGGCAUAGCUUAAGCCAGUACAAGGCCAGUUAAAUUAGGAUAGUUAAUUCGCUUUUAUAAAAAUGCCUUAGAAAAAAAACAUUACUGGUGUGCAUCUUGAGACAAAACACUGGCACGGAUAUAUCUUAAGAUAUUUCAUGGCAAGUUAUUUUCAUUGAGGACAUUUCAAACAUUCAUUUUAGUGUGGGACUAAUCUUAAACCUUGUCUGUGCAACCGGGCAAGGUAUGUUCGAUUUGACAAGCCUAAAAAAACAUAUCAGAUUAGGCAUAAAAUAUGACUGUGUGUAUAUGGUGGAUUUACAGAUACAUUAAGAAUUCAAUAGACUGUGAAACUAUUGUUUAUUUGUUUUUUGGUCACAUUGUAAAAUAAAAGAAACUAAAUGUAAUGAGCUAUCUCAUUUGAACCAAAUGCAGAUUUUUUGUUGUUGAAGAAACUUUGAGUGUUGUAAUAAUUUG